AUGCGGGGACGACGACUAGACUACUCGCAGUGGCACGGCGCACGCGAGCCCCUAGAUGUGCCGGAGGAAGAAGUUCUUGGCUCUCAACAAGGUACGCUCUACCAAGCGACCUACGCAGAAGCAGAUGAAGGGCAGGCAACGGUUCAUACACAAGUGCAUGACGUGCAACCGCGGGUGUUGCGCAACUCGAAGGAUCGUGAACAAAGGGGGAGCGCGGUUGAGAAGUCCUACGGAACACCUGGCCUAGCAGGUCCAUUUCCUGAUCUUUCACAUAUGAAGCCUCGGAUAACAGCCAUCGAGCUGUCUCCCUCUGUGCGAUUCCGAGGCGCCACUGGCUUCGAUUUGGUGCGGGAGGAAAGCACCUUCUGCAGUUUCCAAGAAAGCAAGAGGUGCAUCAUAGGAAAGAGCUGA